AUGUAACGGCUCAUAUCAUUUAUUCGCAAUUUAAAAUAUCAGCCUCAGUCUUGGACUUACCGGUCAAGUGGAAAGACGUACUUACCAUUAAUUCUGAUAAUUUGGAGCAAUAAAAAUAAUAUCAGACAUUUAAAAAUAGUUUAAAUUAACAAUGGUGUUAGGAAUUAUAAAAUGUCAUAAAAUAUUUUUUAAAAUAGGAGUUGGUUGCCGACAAACAAGAAAUAAAUUACAAAUUAAUAAGAUAUGUGCUGUAAAUUUUUCAAUAAAAAAUGACAUACCUGAUGAAACAGAAACAGAUCCAACAGAGUUGAAAGUACCAGUUGGAGAUGGAAAAUUGUUUAAAUCUGUUGAUCAUGCUAUAAGUGAUAUACCUGAUGGUGCUAAAUUAUUAGUUGGAGGUUUUGGACUCUGUGGUAUUCCUGAAAAUUUAAUCGCUGCUAUAAGUAAAAAAGGAUGUAAAAAUUUAACAGUUGUAUCGAAUAAUGCUGGUGUUGAUGAUUUUGGUUUGGGGAUACUUUUAUCGCAGCAAAGAAUAAAACGAAUGAUUGCUUCUUAUGUUGGUGAAAAUGCUGAAUUUGAAAAACAAUAUCUCAGUGGUAAUCUUGAAGUCGAAUUGACGCCACAGGGUACUUUAGCAGAACGUAUCAGAGCAGGGGGUGCUGGUAUACCAGCGUUUUUCACAGCAACUGGUCUCGGUACUAUAAUCCAGGAGGGUAAUGUCGUCGUAAAAUAUGGUGCCGAAGGUAAGCCUGAAAUAUCUGGUGAACCGAGAGAGAUUCAGGAAUUUAACGGGCGAAGCUAUGUUAUGGAAACCGCCAUCACUGGAGAUUUUGCGUUAAUAAAAGCUUGGAAAGCUGAUAAAGCUGGAAAUUUAAUUUUCAAAAAAUCAGCAAGAAAUUUCAACCCUGUCAUGUGUAAAGCAGCUAAAGUUACAAUUGUUGAAGCUGAGGAAAUUCUUGAAGUUGGUCAACUGGAUCCUGAUCAGAUUCAUGUACCCGGAAUAUAUGUAGAUAGAAUUUUAAAAGGCCGUAAUUAUGAAAAACGUAUUGAAAAAUUAAAAACUAAUGCCUCAUUAAAAUCAAAAAAAGCUACACCAGCAACUAAAGCAAGAGACAAAAUUAUCCGACGUGCUGCUCUAGAAUUUAAAGAUGGAAUGUAUGUUAAUUUGGGCAUUGGAAUGCCAAUGUUGGCUGCUAAUUACAUUAAGAAAGGUAUGAAUGUAACGCUUCAGUCUGAAAACGGAAUUUUGGGCCUUGGUCCUUAUCCAGAUGAGAGCCAAGUUGAUCCAGAUUUAAUUAAUGCUGGAAAAGAAUCCGUAACAGUCGCUCCUGGUGCAUCUUUCUUCAGUAGUGAUGAAAGUUUCGCUAUGAUCAGAGGUGGUCAUGUUGAUUUGACAAUUCUUGGAGGUAUGCAGGUAUCAAAGAAUGGAGAUUUAGCAAAUUGGAUGAUUCCUGAAUCAAUGGUCAAGGGUAUGGGCGGUGCGAUGGAUUUAGUUUCUGCUGCGGGUACAAAAGUAGUUGUCACAAUGGAGCACAAAGCUCGAGACGGAAGCCCGAAAAUUCUAGAAGCUUGCACAUUACCAGUCACUGGUCAACAAUGUGUCGACUUGAUCAUUACAGAUUUGGCUGUAUUUGAAAUUAUUGAUGGAGGUUUACGGUUAAUUGAAUUAGCGCCUAACGUCGAUAUUAGCGAAGUUGUUAGUUCAACCGGUUGCGAAUUUUCUGUUUCUGACGAUUUGAAAGUUAUGGAACAAAUUUCGAUGGACGAUGAAAUUUAAAGUUUCAACAUAUUUUUUUUUUUAUACUAUCAAACUUAUAAAAGCAUUUAAAACGAUUUAAUUUAUAUUAAAAUAUAUAUGGUAUAUUGUAAAAAAAAAUGUAUAUUUUGUAAAGUGCAAUAGAAGUAUUAUUUUGUACAAUAUUAAAAA